AUGAUAAAUGAAUCAGAACCAGUAAAAAGUUUGCGAAACGAGUUGUUUGUGAAACGAAAGUACGAUAAGUAUAGUCUACCAGUCAAUGAUCACAAUCAGGCCGUGAAUGUCAGCAUUUGGAUCCGGAUCCUAAAGAUUGUCGAUCUUGACAUUAAGACUCAAAUACUGACACUGAAUGCAUACAUGGAUUUGUAUUACUUAACAUACUUUAUAAUGUUUGAAACUAUUGAAUUGGACGCCAAGUAUUGGACGGAUGAGGGCUUGCAAUGGAAUCCAUCAGACUUUGGAGGACAGACACAACUGAUUGUCUCAUCGGAUCUAAUCUGGAAACCGGACAUCGGUUCCACAAACUCACCCAACGCUUUCCGAUACGACCAACAGAUCCGGGAGUCGACGGCUAUUGUCUACUCGUCCGGUGGUGUCGAUUGGAUGCCGCAGACAAUGAUUAACACAUACUGUAUGACUGACUUAAAGGACUAUCCGUCGGACAGACAGACGUGUGAAAUAUUGGUUGAGUCGACAUAUGAAAGUCGAUUCGUUAACUUGCAAUCAUUACAUUCAAUAUACGCCCAUGGUCAACUUUCCACUUAUGUGUCCAAAAGUAAACUUAGGUUUGAAAACCGGGAGUGGAGUGUUGUCAAUGUUGAAGCUAAAUCAGAGUAG